UCCGGAAGUGACGUCACGCCCCCCUCUCUCCCCGCGGAGGCGGCAGCGCUAGAGCCGGGCGCGGCUGGCGGCGGGGCCCGAGGUGCGGGCGGGAUCAUGGCGGACGGCGUGGACCACAUAGACAUUUACGCCGACGUGGGCGAGGAGUUCAACCAGGAAGCUGAAUAUGGUGGACAUGAUCAGAUUGAUUUGUAUGAUGAUGUCAUUUCUCCAUCUGCAAAUAAUGGAGAUGCCCCAGAGGACCGUGAUUAUAUGGACUCUCUCCCACCAUCUGUGGGAGAUGAUGUAGGUAAAGGAGCAGCACCAAAUGUGGUCUAUACCUAUACUGGAAAGAGAAUUGCAUUAUACAUUGGGAAUCUUACCUGGUGGACAACAGAUGAAGACUUAACUGAAGCAGUCCAUUCUCUGGGAGUUAAUGAUAUUUUGGAGAUAAAAUUUUUUGAAAACCGUGCUAAUGGCCAGUCAAAAGGGUUUGCUCUUGUAGGUGUUGGGUCUGAAGCAUCCUCAAAAAAGUUGAUGGAUCUGUUGCCUAAAAGAGAAUUGCAUGGGCAGAAUCCUGUUGUAACUCCAUGUAAUAAACAGUUCCUGAGUCAAUUUGAAAUGCAGUCAAGGAAAACUACACAGUCAGGUCAGAUGUCUGGAGAAGGUAAAGCUGGUCCUCCAGGAGGUAGUUCACGUGCAGCAUUUCCACCAACUAACAGAGGGCGAGGCCGUUUUCCAGGUGCCAUUCCAGGUGCGGACAGAUUUCCUGGACCUGCAGGGCCAGGAGGACCACCGCCUCCUUUUCCAGCUGGACAGAAUCCACCACGUCCACCCCUAGGUCCUCCUGGUCCACCAGGCCCUCCAGGUCCCCCUCCUCCUGGUCAGGUUCUUCCUCCUCCAUUAGCUGGGCCUCCUAAUCGCGGUGACCGUCCUCCUCCUCCAGUUCUGUUUCCUGGACAACCCUUUGGUCAACCUCCACUGGGGCCACUUCCUCCUGGACCUCCACCUCCAGUUCCAGGCUAUGGCCCACCUCCAGGUCCACCGCCACCACAACAGGGUCCACCUCCUCCACCAGGCCCUUUUCCCCCUCGGCCCCCUGGUCCUCUCGGGCCACCCCUGACACUUGCUCCUCCUCCACAUCUUACUGGGCCACCUCCAAGUGGUCCCCCACCUGCACCACAUGUGAAUCCAGCUUUCUUCCCCCCACCUGCCAAUAGUGGUAUACCUACUUCAGACAGCCGUGGUCCACCACCAACAGAUCCAUAUGGUCGACCUCCACCAUAUGACAGAGGUGACUAUGGGCCACCUGGAAGGCGUUUCACUGGAAAUAACAUGUCCAUAAGAGAAAAAUUACAUAUUCCAUUCUAUGGGAGGCACACGAAAAAUAAUACUCAAAACUCAGGGAGAGAAAUGGAUGCUGCAAGAACACCCUUAAGUGAAGCAGAGUUUGAAGAAAUCAUGAAUAGAAAUAGGGCUAUCUCAAGCAGUGCCAUUUCAAGAGCUGUGUCAGAUGCCAGUGCUGGGGACUAUGGAAGUGCUAUAGAAACCUUAGUAACUGCAAUUUCCUUAAUUAAACAAUCCAAAGUAUCCGCUGAUGAUCGUUGUAAAGUACUUAUUAGCUCUCUUCAGGAUUGCCUUCAUGGGAUUGAGUCCAAGUCUUAUGGAUCUGGAUCAAGAAGACGUGAACGAUCAAGGGAGAGGGACCACAGUAGGUCGAGAGAGAAAAGCAGACGUCACAAGUCCCGUAGCAGAGAUCGUCAUGAUGACUAUUACCGGGAAAGAAGCCGUGAGCGAGAGAGACAUCGUGAUCGCGACAGAGAUCGCGACAGAGAACGUGACAGAGAACGGGAGUAUCGUCAUCGUUAAAGAAGCAGUAUGUACUGAAUCCUUUCUUCUUGUAGCAUCUGAGGCAAACUUCGGUAAGUAAUGAGAGGUAACUAUCUUGUCUUGGUGUGUGCGUGUGUAUGUGUGUUUUCUUCUGAUUGCAUGUAUGUUUAAUUUCUGUGGUGUGGUAUUGAUCUUAGCAACUUUUUGGGUGGGGAUUAAAUAAAUUCUUGAAAAGCCCUUAAGUCAGCUUAAUGGAAAAAAGUCUUUUAUUGGUAUAAUGAAAUGCUGAAGCUUAGAUACCCACUACUCUUGAUCACAUAUUUCAAGAUUUAAACAGUAAAUUGUGAUUGUUUUAAUGUAGGGGAGCACUUGCAUACAUCUAAAGCUUAUCCUUCACCCUUCACUGUGACCAGACUAUGGCCAAAUCUGUGGUCCUUGUUAGGGUUCUUGCACAUCUGGUUUUCUCUUGGUUUCAUUGGGAGUUUUACUUGAGUAAGGGCUCUAGCAAGAUUUGGUUCUAGUUUGUAAAAUGUUACCUCUUAAUAUUUCAACCUGUAUUCUCUGGUCCUUGAACUAAAUCCAGAUGCUGUCCCAUGCUAGUUGUAUGGCUUUUUGUGUCCUUCAUAAUUGGUUAGAGGUUCAGCUCAUCAUGUAAAGACUGAUGAAUUAAUGUAUAAAUGGGUUCCUUUUCUGCUGUUUUUAUAUACACUGAAAAUUGUGUUUCUGUAUACAUCUGUGGUCCCUUUCUACGUUAAACAUGAAAGCAGCUAUGUAGUAGUACUUUGAGUAGCUGCCUAAACCCUCAAUUGCUAACUGGAAAAAUGGAUGUUAAUGUUCAGUCCAUAUGUAAGCAGUUUUAUAUAUGUGCACCACUCUGAGGAUUUUGAAUUGAAGUUGUUUGUUCCUUAUAUGAUAUAGAACAGAAAUUGGUCUCUCUCGGUGUCAUUCAGAAAUCCCUCAUCUUUACCUUGAUUUAGAGCAGUUCCAUAUUACCUACAUUAAAACUCAAGCUGUGAAAACAUGUCUGUUGAAACUUCAUUUGUUUUCCUUAAAAUUUUUGCUUUCAUAGUUGUAUGUGGCAUUUAUUCAUAAAGAUUCAUUCAAAUGGAUUAAUAAAACCAGAACAAAACUGUUAGUAUUCAUACAAAUUUAGUAUACCUUAAGUGAAAGGAAUUGUGUAAUGUCAGCUUCUCCUGGUAGGCCUUGAACACUCGGCAUUUCAGGAGAAACCCAGAUCCUAAUCUUACAACAACUGUACCUCACUUAGAAUACAUAUUGUCUUAAUACAAAAAAAUAAAUGUGUUGAAAAAGCAGGGCAUGCCUUAUAAAUUAUACAUUUAAGUUAAAAGUAGUGAUACGCUUUAUUAUCUUUCUAAGCAGGGUGGAGUUAAAGAGAAAAAUAUUUAAUUCCUAGAUCUGCUAGAAGCAAAACAUAACCCUAAAGGAGCAAAAUGGCCACACUAAUUAAUUAGUAUUAAAAUGAACUGUUCUUGGUUCAUACUUGGUGGCUAAUCCAAGGUGGCCCCAACAAAGGAGAAUCAGUGGGUUAAAUGAAAAUUGGUAUGAUGUGAUUGACAUUCCGUUGAUCGUAAUAUAUCCUUUAAAAUGUCUGUGAUGCUUACCAAAAAUUUAGAAAUAUUCUUGGAAUGUCGGGGAGGGAAGCAGGAAAAGGCCAUUUUGGUUUCUGUAUAUAAAAUGUCAAAACAGAAGUUUCAAACUUUCAACACUGAAUGUAGUUUCUUUCUUUUAAAAUGGAUUCUCCCUAGCUAUCACAGGUUUUUCAGACAUAUUUGUAUUAUAUGUAGCCAGUACUGUGUAAGAAGUAACCUGUUUGGGCUGAAUGACAGUUUUAUAUUUCCAAGAUUUCUUAUUACCUCUGUUGUAUACAAGCAAAUUGCAUCAGCAGUUGUUAAUAAUUUGGACUAAAUGCUUCUAUGUGCUUUAAUUAACCAAUUUAAUUUUUCAUGUAUUCAGACCCUGUGUCUGUUUUUGGAUCUUCUAUGCUAAGUAUAGAUAAUUUCUCCCACUCUCUCCGUUACCCCCAACAAAGUGUCUGAGGGGAACAGCUGUUACAUUUGAUUACCAAAAAAUCUUUAACAAAAUUUUAAAUCUGGUGCUCAAGUGUAUGGUUUAUUCGACUCUCGGUAUGUGUGGAAUUUGCAUAUACAACUUCCUCAAGUCAGUGUUUUGUGUCCUGAGACUUUCUUUUGGAUUCGGAGAAGUUGUAUAGAUAAGUGUCUUUGCAGCAAGAGACGAAUAAACAUAUGAUUUAAAGGGAAUUUAUAGUGGCCUGAAUGUAAAUGAGAGGUUUGUAUUUAACAGCUAUAUUGUAAACAUUGUCUUGUUACUGUCUUAUGAAAAAAGGGCCUAACUUUUAUGGUUUUCUGUAAAGUACUUCAGUAAUUUGGCUUGUGUGUGUGUGCAUUUUCACCAAGAUGUAUGUCUUCAUACAUUUUUUUUGUUUUGGGGUUUUUUUUACAUGACUUUCUUUAAAAAAAAAUAAAAAUCUAAAGUUUCCCAAUUGCUUACUAAAAAUAACAAUAAUUCCAAGAGGAAUUUUUCUCCCUUUUGCCUACAGUCUUUUACCACAUAAAGAGCUUAUCUGUGUGCCUGCAUGAAUGGCAUCUAUUUUCCUCUCUCUUUCUGUGUACGUUUAGUAGUGCCAGAAUGCCCUACGAGCAUAUUUAACGAAAAUGUUACAUACUUACUUUAGAACGGUUUUAAAGGUCCAUUGUAAAUUUUUGUAUAUAGUGAAACAUUAAUCAGUUGUUUGAUUAAUCAUUUGUCAUUUGUAUCUAAUUACAUUCAUAUGUAGAUGGAUUAAAUUUGAGUAAUUUAGUGUUCUGUAAGGUUUUCUGGAAAAAAUCAGAUGUACCAUUUCAGAUUUUUUACACUUCUGUUUGUACAUUUAAUGUUCCAAAACUGAAUUGUCAUGAGACUCUUAUGCGUUUUUACUUGGACAGAUUCUGAGUUUUUCUUGACGUCUGUCUCUUGGUAUCCUAAGAGUAAUAGUAAAAUUAUCAGUGUAAAAGUCCAAAAACAUGGUGAAUCUGUUUCAGAGGAAGGGGAGAAAAGUACAACUUUCUGACCUUUUAAGUAACCUUUAAGAAAACAAGUCUGUUUUGUUAAUCAGAAUCUCUUAUGCAGAGGGAGAGUAGCAGAAAAAUGAACAUGUACAAACAGAACAGUAACUUCAUCAACCUGAUUCCCCCACACACACCUCGGGUUUGGUUUUUUUUAAAGACGUUUUUUAGUUUACUUGGUACUUCAGCGAUGUAUUUCAACUGUUAAACUGUCUUAAUCUUAAUCCUAUUGUCUGAAUUUUUAUAACUAUUGAAUGUUAUGUUUUUUUUAUUUUCUGUUUUUGUUGUUGGGGUGCUGAUUAUUUUCUAAUUAAACUGGAAUUGGACUGGCUUACAAAGAGAGAGUUCACUAAUAUUGUAGUUUUCAAUAUGUAUGUAGUUUUUGCUCAGUUUUCAGAGCAAACUGAGCUCUCUGAUUUUGUGUUCUCAAACCACUGUAAGCAAAAUCCUUAAACCUUCUGCUGUACUUUCUUAAAUACUCUCCACAAAAGGUACUCGUGGCCUUAUUUAAUAAAAGAUUUUUCAGUAUUAGUGUGGUUAAAGCACAAGUGCAGGCUUUUGACUGUUUAAAAUAAAGAUAGCUUUACCAGGUCAGUUCUUGUUUUCUUUGGGCAACAGGGUGGGUGUUGAAUGCUUAUUAAGACUUUGUUUUUAAACUUGCAGUUAGUGAAGAACGCCUAUUUUACAAAUUAAAAUUUUAUUAUUAAAGCCAAUAGCUAUCAAUUUACCUUGAGUGGACCUAUAUGGUAGCAUUAUUCAGUGCCUAACUGUACUCAGUUUCUUGACAUUGUUGCAGAGCUAGUUAACACUGGGAUAGUACUACCAUUUUUUUUCAGCAGCAUAUAUUGCAUCUUAUGGUAAAAAAUGCUGUAUUUGAGGAAAAGUAAUGAGAAUCUGGGUACUGAAAAAGACAGUGAUGGUGAUGGACUGUUCACUCUUACUUGGUUCCUCCUUUCCUUGGAUUCCUGAAAAUUGUUUGUUAUUGUUAAAUAAUUUGGCCUUUUUGGUAAAUCCUAAUGUUCCUCAUAAAAGGAUAUCAAUACUUUUUGUGCAUUGAUUGAAUGCCUGAAGUGCAUCAUGGAAUGAAGAGUGUAAAAAAAGCAAAACAAAAAAACCCUUCCACAACCCCCCCCAAAAGUGCCACUGUUUUGUGCCUUUACUUUUUGUUAUGUAAAAUAGUCUAAGUGUAUUAAUUGUUAUUGCCUUAAUGCUUUAUGGUAAUGAAUAGCUUCUGCUGUAAAGUAUACAGCGACUUGGUGCUAUUUGGUAUCUUGGUGCUAUUGGUAUCUUGAUAAUUUCCUAAAAUAAACUAAAAUUUAGCCCUAUUAACUCCUCUUCAAUUGUAUAAUUGUACAAUAUUUGUUAAUACUGUAGGUAUAUUGUAUCUCUUUCUGUAACUUUGCUCAUGGGCUUGAGAUUUCAUUAUUUUUCCAUACCCUGAACACUUUCCCUUCAAUUCUUAAGACAGCAGCUGAGAGUGAAGCUUAGGUUGUAGAGCAGUUCCAUAAGAAAUCAGUCUUUCAGGCUACUUUACAUUUGGAAACUUGGGAAACUGCAGUCAGAAGGAUGGUUGGAAAUGGUAUUCAGAGAGGAAAUUAAUUGAGCCUACAGUAUCCCUUUUUGCUCACUGUGGUUUGAAAACUAAGCUGUCUUUUCAGAAAAAAAUCUUUUUUUUUAUCCUCUAUGUCAACUUGAUCUGCCUUUUGGUGUUUCCUUUAUCUUGAUAUGGUAGAUAUUUGGUUCCCAGCUUUAUCAUUUGUAAACUAAAAUUAGUUUUUCAGAGGUAUUGAAUCUUUGAUUUUUAAUGAAUUCUAAUAAAAAAUGUUGUAUGCUCUGUAAAAGAAAUCUAUUUGAUUUAUGGAUAAAACAUUAAAGAGUUAAAAGUCUAA